AUGCAGUUCAGUACUCUUCUGGCUACCCUUUUGUAUUCAUCGGCCGCCCUGGCCAUGCCGACGGCCCCGGCCAGACAGAACAUCGACAAAAGACUGCCAGCUUCAAGCGAGACCAGUGAGAGUGAAGCUGUUCCAUCCGGUGCUGCGGCUUUCACCCAGGCGCUCGUUACCAUCGGAGACAACCUCAAGACGACCAAUACGACACUGAACGAGUACUCCGGUGGUCUGAAAGGUAUCGCUCAGCUGCUCAAGAUCCAGUCAGCAACCAAUGAUCUUGGCGAUUCCAUCACCGACGCAACUGCUGUCGCGAAAGCAACGGACCAGCUGAAUCUCACGGACUCCGCCACUGUUGGCCAGCAAUUCUUGCAACUUCAGCCGCAGAUUAAUAGCUUGUUGGACAACAUCAAAUCCAAGAGACCGGAAUUCGACAAUGCGGGCUUCGGCCUGAUUGAUGUCAUCUCUCUUCUGAGGUCAAACCUCGAAGACCAGAAGGAGGAUUCCAAGGAGCUUGGCGACGCUACCAUUGCCAUCUUGGAUCCAGCCCUCACAUCUACUGCCACGACCAUCAACGAGGCAAUUCAAACCAAAUUCGAUGAAACUAUCGCUGUGUAUCAGGGUCGUGGCGGACUCAUCACAAUUCCGCCAGGCCUUAUCGGCUUGCUCGAUGAUGGAAGCGGUAACUGA